AUGCCGUCGUACGACCUAAGCGGCGCCGGCGCCGCCGGCAUGCCCGGUGGCGUGGCAGCGGGAAUAGGUGCACCUGUAACCGCGCGCAAACGCGCUCGAAUCAAGAAACCGCGUCGACUCGGUGUCCGCUCGGCGCUGAGCACCUUCGCCAGCCACCUCGCCCCGCCAGCCCACCCCGACCGAUGGAUGGCGGAGAAGAGUAGCGCCAUGCUCGCGGCGUGUUUCCUCCUCAUCCAGUAUGCCCUGUUUGCGGUCCUGCAGAACAAAGAUGAGGAUUACCAUUACUACGCGUACAUUGGUAUCGUGGGCAUCUUCACCGUCCCCCUUCCGUUCAUGGUUGGCUUCAAUGGCCCGCGACGCUUCCAAUGGCUGUACCAGCCAUUUGUGCUGCUGGCGACGUGGUCGACGGGAUACAUGCAGACCAUUGAAAUGUACCGCUGCGGAUACCAGCAUGGUGAUGGGUCGCCGGAGAACAAGUGCGGCAACCGCAUGUUCCUGUACAUGUUCGGGCUGCUAUUUGGGCUCCCGACAAUCGCAGUCAUCGGACUGUGGGGCCAGCGCGUGCUCUGCGUCAUGAUGGCGGCCGUGUACAUGAUCAUGACGAAUAUCAUGUUCCUCCCUGGCUGGCGUAGACAGCAGCCGUGGGUUCGUCAGCCUGUGUGUCUGCUGCUGUAUCACAUCUACAUCAGCCUGUGGGCGUACUGGCGCGAACGGGCCGACCGGCAGAUCUUCCUCCUCCGCCAACAACUGCGCACCCAAUAUACCGAACUGCAGACCGCGCAGACUAUGGAACGCCGCGCUGAACACAGCAAGAAACAGUUCGUCUCGUAUAUCUUUCACGAGGUGCGCGUGCCCCUCAACACGGCCAUGUUGGCAGUUCAAAACCUCGAGGGAGAGGGCGUGUUCAAGCACCUGGAGGAGGACCACGAGAUCAUGGUGCACGGCCUUAGCUCGAGUCUGGGCAUGAUGGAGAAGGUGUUGAACGACGUGCUGUCGUUCAACCGCAUGGAGUCGGGAAAACUUACGCAGGCGCGCAAGCCCUUCGACUUCCACAAGUCGGUGCAGGUCGUCGCCCUCUCGCACAGGGGUCAAGCGGACGCAACCCACGUCGAGUUCAGUAUGGUCCUCGACCCUAGGAUUGACAGUCUUGGCCUGCUAGUAGGGGACGAGAUGCGCCUCAGGCAAAUGCUGAGCAACCUCGUAUCGAACGCACUCAAAUUCACCUGCGCAGGUUCCGUGACAGUCAUGACGUGCCUCCUCGCGCCCGACGGCGUGAACGUGGGUGUAGGCGUGGCAGACCACGCCCACGUGCGUGCACGCAGCGACGGCGGGCCACCAAGCGACGGUACGCUGGGAACAAGCACGGCGGCGAUUGAGCAUGACGUCGAGCUCGGACUAAGCGAGAAACGCCUCUCCAUACCCCCUUCAAGUGGGUCGCGGCACUCGCGCGAGAAACGUUUCGCCAUCGUCCGUGUGGAAGUACGCGACUCUGGGCCCGGUCUCCGCCCCUCCGACUUGGUGGACAAUCGCCUUUUCUCCCCCUACGUGCAGACGGAAAUAGGCCGGCGACAGGGAGGUAAAGGUUCGGGACUGGGUCUCGCACUGGUCAUGCAGCUCGUCAAGAUCAGCGGUGGCCGACUUGGUGUCGACUCGAAAUUUGGAGAGGGCAGUACAUUCUGGUUUGAAUUACAAUACCCCCUCUUUGACGCGCCGGCACAUGCCGCGCCCGACUCGCCGAGCCUCGUCAGCGGACUGGAACGGCCCUCCUCUGCCCCAAUGAGGUGGAGUCCAGCUGGCCCAGAUCUCUUGAACGAGCGCAGAACGAGCGCCCCUGAACCUAGAGCCCGGCGAAGCCACCUCUCCUCCCUCCCCGAGAGAGUGAGUGCGAGCGCGACCUCGGAGAGCGAACCCGAGCCCGAUCCCUCUGCCUCUGGCGCGGGCGCGCACACACACUCGCGCGCGAACUCAAACGCGAGCGUAAGCUCCUGCAACUCGGUACACUGGGACCAGCGAUGGGGACUGGAAGUGUCCUGCCCUCCACCCCCAGCGCCCAGCGGCCGAACUUCGCCAGAAUACCCCCCGAUCUUGACCGUGAUCGAGCCGGCGUCGACAGCGCCAAGCACGUCCCAGCUAGGCCCGCCACCGCCACCCACUUGCGGCCCACCCCACCCCGCCACCCGUGUUCGUCCGGCCCGCACGCCCCGCCGCAAACUCGGAGACGGGCUGCGUGCCCUCGUCGUCGACGACGAUACGCUCACCCGCCGCCUCAUGACUCGCAUGCUACAGCGUCUCGGCGCGGACGUGCGUAAUGCCGAUAACGGGCAGGGCGCGCUCGACGCCAUUGCGGAUUACGAGUUCGACGUCGUCUUCCUGGAUAACCAGAUGCCUCAGAUGUCGGGCGUCGAGGCUGUGCGUGUACUUCGCGCGAGCGGGAGUCGACUGUUCGUCGUCGGGUGUACGGGUAACGCGCUCGAGGAGGACCAGCACGAGUAUCGCGAGGCUGGGGCCGACGCUAUCCUGCCCAAGCCAGUGCACCAGACCGACAUGGAGGCUAAGCUGGUCGAAGCGCGGGCAAGGAAGGAGGCUGGGGGGACUAGAGAGGCGAGCACGGGAGGUCAGGAGAGUGCGGCGGCGGGAGAUGGGGACGUGGACAAUAGUCCACCGGAUCACACACAGGGUGCGGAUGAGGGGGGGUAG